CUUUUAGUCUUCAAGUUCACCGCUUCGUGUCGCGGAACUGCAAUCGUGGGAUACGAUCGUGAGCGUAAGCGAGUGUUGUUCGAAUUCACGUUUGUUUACAACCGAUUUUGUGCAGUAAUUUUGUGUGGUCACUGCAAUGAGCGCCGAGGAGGAAGUGCUGCGUAUACAAAAGAAGCUCAACAAGAUGUCGAGUGGAGACGGGACGGUGAGUAAUAAGGCCAAGAACAGGCUUUGGAAUUACUCAAGAUACUUCAGAAAUUGCCUGUUGACUUGGAGCUUUUGACUAAAACACGUAUUGGAAUGACUGUGAAUGCCCUGAGAAAAUCCAGCAGAGACGAGGAAGUUAUUUCGUUAUCAAAAACUCUUAUUAAAAAUUGGAAAAAGUUUUUAUCUGGAUCAAAUAAAGAAAAAGACUCUAUGUCAUCGAGUAGUUCAAAGAAGAAAGACGAGAAAAUAGAUAAAGCAAAGGAAGAGAGUGAUCAAAAGAAGGAGAAAGAUACGAUAGAUGGAGCCGACACAAAAGCAAAGGAAGAGAAACCUGUAAAAGACAUUCAAAGGAAACAAGCGUCUUUCCCUGCUCCUACUACAACAGAUGCUGUCAGAUUAAAAUGCAGAGAACUGUUAGCGGCAGCUUUACGUGUUGAUGGGAAGGUCAUCGAUGGAUGUGCCAGUCCCGAAGAGUUGGCGGAAGAAUUGGAGGAGGCAAUCUACACGGAAUUCAAAAAUACUGACAACAGAUACAAAAAUAGGGUACGCAGCAGAGUUGCUAAUUUGCGCGAUGCGAAGAAUCCCAAUCUGCGAAUGAACUUUCUAGUGGGUGCGAUCACACCUGCCAGGCUAGCGGUAAUGACGGCAGAGGAGAUGGCAAGUGACGAGAUUAAGCAGCUGCGCGAGCAAUUCAAAAAAGAAGCCAUCAAUGAUGCUCAACUCGCUACCGUGCAAGGAACUAAGACCGAUUUGCUCAAGUGCGGCAAAUGUAAGAAACGCAACUGCACGUACAAUCAAGUGCAGACGCGUUCGGCCGAUGAACCGAUGACUACCUUUGUUCUGUGUAAUGAAUGUGGAAAUCGAUGGAAGUUCUGUUAAGCUAUUGUUUCUUGAUUUACGCUAUGCCGCGACGAAACGUAUCUCUCAAUCAUUAUCCACUUAGAAUUUAUUACUAAUAAGUUAUGAAUUAAACAUCAUGAUGUACGUGGUUUCUUCAUUGCAUUAUAAGAGAAAACUUUUUAAUUAAAAUGUACAACAUAAUUUUCAUAUCUUUUAAACAUUGUUGACUUGUCCAGAAAUCAUGGUAAUUCUCAUUUGAGAUGAAUUUUGACUAUAAAUAUUUUGUAUCUUUUUAAAGGUUAUGCACAUAAAUUUUCUAGUUUUUUAUGAUUAUCUGAAAUGAUUACAAAAAUUUUUUCCUUUGAUUAGAUAACUGAAUUAUGCAGACUAUGAAUGACAAAGUGUAUAUUAAUUCAAUUAACAUUGUAAUUUUUGAAAAAUACGUUUCUAUAACAUUGUAUAUAUUGAAACCACUGCAUUAGAUUAGAAAUUUGGGAAAUCUAAAUACUUCUUAAAAAAGAAAUAUCUAAUGUUUUUUAAAAUACGUAAAAAGCAUUUUAAUUUAUGCACUUUUAUUCUGCGAUUCAUGUUACAUGAUUUUAACUGUAAUUCAAUUUACUAUAAGUUUUCAAUUAUGCGUGUGAUAUAAGUAGUUACUUUGUCAGUGUGCUGAAAUUCAGAUAUCUAUAAAUUGUGUCUACAAGUCUGAAAUAUAUAGAUACAUACAAUAU